UAAAAAUUACGAAUACAUAUUAAUUCUAAAGGCCAAAUUCAACAGCCUGGCCCUCGCCUUCCCGUCGAAGAAGAAGAAGCUUCUCUCUCUCUCUCUCGCCGGAAAAUAUGGUCUCCGAUCGAUACUUCUGCAACUUCUCACUGCUUCUUCUCUUCUUCCUCUCACUCCUUUUCUCCCCUUCUUCUUUCACUUCCAUUUCAGGUGAUGUGUUUGAAUCUCAGGUUUCGAUCGGUCGGAGCCUCCUCCAGGCUAAAAAAGCUUGUCCUGUGAACUUUGAGUUCUUGAACUACACCAUCAUCACAAGCAGGUGCAAGGGGCCUCAAUACCCUACCGAUCUCUGUUGCCCAGCUUUGACAGAUUUCGCUUGCCCUUACGCCGAGGAACUCAACGACUUAUCUAAUGAUUGCUCUUCAACCAUGUUCAGUUACAUUAACCUGUAUGGAAAAUACCCUCCUGGUCUUUUCUCUAGCGAGUGCCGGGCUGGGAAGGAAGGUCUGCCAUGCCCUGCACAACCGCCCUCCACUUCAUCCGAUCUAAACUGGGGUUCAAUAACAAGUUUCCCAUCUCGUUCGCUGUUCCUCGUGGCUGGAUUCGUACUUCUGUCUUGGCUAUUAUGAUAAGGUCCAAAGAUCCCGCCAUUUUUCACCAUUCUUUCUUCCAAUUUGUUACUAUACUUUUAAAAGUUCAAACUUGCUGAAAAAAAACUGCAAUUCUUUUCUCCUAUGUAUUUAUUAAUGUAUCUACUACCUCCCUAAUAGCUGUGGAAAGUGAGUUCUUAUAUUCAUGAGAUUGGACGGCAAAAGCUUUUAUUUGAGGUUACUGUGUUUUCUAUUUGUCAAA